AUGGCCAUGGCCACCACCCCCAACCCCAAUCCCGCAAUAUAUUCGCCGCAGCCCACACCUUCCACCAAAUUUCCGUCCCCCAUCUCCACUGCACCGCACCGCACCGCACCGCGGCUGUCUCUUCCUGCCACUCCGCCUCGACUUGCUCGGCUAUUCCCGGAUUGCGGCUCGGUGUUGGUCAUUGGCGGAGAGGUGAACGCCAAGAAGAAGGUUAGUUUCUGUGGGAACACUGGCCACAGCCGCUGCGGUGAAGUUCAUUUAGCUGCUGCCGUGUGCUCCGGUCGUAUGCGAAGCAACCCCUUCUCACUUCAGAAAAACAUGGUGGACGUAGAACUGUUUUAUAAGGACACUAGCGAUCACAACAUCAGCUCUGAGGAAGAAGAUAUGCUUGUCAGGAGUUGUAGCAAUCUCAAUGUGAGCUUUGGAUACCAUUGUGAUUCUUAUCAGAGCUUUUCUCCUGAAAAUGAUCAUGGGAAUGGCAUUUCUCCUAAGAACAUAUUUGGGACUAAUACCAUGAUAGGGCCACGAAAUGGCUCAUUUACUUGUUUAUCUGGUGCUGCUAUUAGUGCAAAUUUUACACUGGCAAAUACAAAUAUUUGCAAUGGUCUUAUUGGUGAAGAAAUUUUACCAGAACUAGAUUCUCCAAAUGCCUUUAGAAAAAUUGUUUCUUCUCCAUCAAUGUCAAGAUUGGACUCAUUCUCCACCUCACAAGGCAGCCCUGUGUCAACUGAGAGCUCUAUAUUUGAGAUCAGUAAAAAUCUUUGGAGGUCCAGUGCCCCAACAACCAUAUCAUCCAAUUUUCUGACUAAUACAGAGGUGAAAAUGGCUGGCGGAGCUGCUGGAGAGGAUAGAGUCCAAGCUGUGUGCUCAGAGAAAAAUGGAUGGCUGAUUUGUGGAAUAUAUGAUGGGUUUAAUGGGAGGGAUGCAGCUGAUUUUCUUGCGGUAACUCUAUAUGAUAACAUAGUAUAUUACUUGUACCUGCUGGAGAAUCGGAUAAAGCAACAAAAUGGUUUAUACAAUUCAUCAGAAAGCUCUCUCAAUGGUCUUAAAAGCGAGUUAACACUAGCCAUGAGAAAUUCAGAAAAUGAAGACAUAAAAUUUUCUGAAACAUUUCGAGCUGGUGUGCUGAAUUGCCUUUCUACUGCUGUUGAGCAAGCUGAGAAUGACUUUUUAUGCAUGGUUGAACAAGAGAUGGAUGAUAGACCAGAUUUAGUUUCAGUAGGGUCUUGUGUUCUGGUUCUUCUUCUUCAUGGAACAGAUCUGUGCAUCUUAAAUAUGGGGGACAGUAGAGCUGUGCUUGCUUCCAUGCCAUAUGUAGAAAAUGGUGCUUUGAAGACUACUCAGCUGACAGAGACCCACUCACUUGAAAAUCCUUUGGAGUACCAAAGACUUUUAGCUGAUCAUCCCGACGAUUCUUCAGUUGUCAGGGGUAACAAAAUAAAAGGAAAGCUGAAGGUUACUCGUGCCUUUGGAGUUGGCUAUCUAAAGCAGAGGAAGUUCAAUGAUGCACUGAUGGGUAUUUUACGAGUCCGUGAUCUGAGCAGCCCUCCAUAUGUUUACACAAAUCCACACACAUUGAGUCACAAAGUUACAGAUGAUGACUUUAAUGAUGAAGUUGUUCGGUUGGUUUAUCAAUUUAUGCAUGAUAAUCCAAUGGGGGAUCCUGCAAAAUACCUCAUCGAGCAACUUAUACUCAAAGCAGCCAAGGAAGCAGAGGACGAUGACUGCAUCAACUUCCUUGUGAAAGAAUGGAGAGCUAGAGAGACGGGCUAUCAGCUGUGUGCAGCAGCAGUAGUAAUUCACAGUGGGCUGUGUGGUAGUAGUGAGAUCGAGAAGAGGAUGGAGGUGUUCACCCACGAGGACUACGUGAACAAACGCAACGAGGUGAGGAGGGAGCAGAGGCGGCGGCAGCUGCAGAUGCUGCGGGUGGAGGGCAACCCCGACGCCGCGUCCCGGCAGGCGCUGCUGGCAAGCCGGGAGAGCCCGAGGGCGCCGGCUCAGUGCCUGACGCCAACCGGCGCGUCGCCGUCCAGCGUCAGAUCCCCAACUGCGAGCGCGCUGCAGUCGCCGGCCGCAGCAGCGGCGGGGGAGGCUGCUGUUGGUUGGCCGUCGGAGCAUCGCCGCCUCUACGACUGCCUCAAGCCGUACUAG